UGAUAAUCUGAUAGAGGAACCCACUUGGAUUCAACAAACUGUUUCUUAGUUUUAUUCCUCUACCCAAAAAAAGAACAUAGAUUUUGAGAUCCAAGCAGAUAUGAGCGACACCAACAACACAAGGGAAGGAGAGAGAAACGGUUCUUCAAAACACCAACCACAAGAAGCUCCUAUGCCUUUGAAGGUCAUAGAUUCAUGUCUGAGGCUAAGUGUGAUUCCUCUCAGCGUUGCAACCAUCUGGUUAACCAUCACUAUUCACCAAUCCAACCCUGACUAUGGCAACCUAGACUACAACUCCAUCAUGGGUCUCAAAUAUAUGGUUGGUGUUAGUGCAAUGUGUGGUAUUUAUGCUCUGCUCUCUACUAUUUCGUCAUGGGUCACAUGUUUAGUCUCCAAAGCUUGGCUCUUCUUUGUCCCUGACCAGGUUUUAGCUUAUUUGAUGACAACAUCGGUAGCAGGAGCAACAGAGAUAGUGUAUUUACUUAACAAAGGAGACAAAGUAGUGACAUGGAGUGAAAUUUGUUCUUCUUAUCCACACUUUUGUUCAAAACUCACAAUUGCUUUGGUGCUUCAUGUUUUCGUUCUCUUCUCUUUCUUAUUUCUCUCUGUCAUUUCUGCUUAUAGAGCUUUUAGUGUCUUUGAUCCUCCUUGUGAUUCUCAAACCAAUAGUAGUGCUUAAUUAGUCAGUAUUGAAUCAUGUUUCCAGCUUUGGAAUAUUUAUCUCCAUUUUGCUUUGGUGUUUUAACUUCCUUCUCAAACUAAUAUGAUUUAUUUGUUUUCC